AUGGUCGCUCUCCCUUCCAAGCCGUUUCAUUGGCCAGGCGGUAUCCCUGCCGAGGUCAAAGCGGACCCUAACGGCGAUAUCACACGCGACGAAAUUAACGAGCAGGCUAAAGGAUGGCUACUUUUUGUAGAGGAAAAAUGGGUCCCCCGUGACAAUGCCAAUGUCCCCGACGAGGAAGGAGAUUACGAAGUUCGCCAACGCCGAAGCUUGGUGGAAACUUGGGCAAAGGCCAGUCAGGAAUUCCGCGACGAUGCAACAUACAGCGCGUCACGGUACCCAAAGAACACCCUGGAAAACGACCACUAUAACUAUGACACGCCACAACUCGUGUGCCUCGCACCACUGGGCCCAUCUCACCCAGUCAACAGAUCAAAAUGGAUCAAACUCAAUAUUCUCGCCUACCGGCUAGACGGAGAAACGGGGCACUGCAUGGACGACAUGGGAUUCGAUCACGGCAGCCUUGAUCCCAACCCGGCAACCGUCCACGACCUUUCCGACGUGCAGCUAACCGAUGUACUGCCGAGAGCUGUUCUUGAAAUGGCUAACUUUGAACAUAUCACCAUGACCCGCCAAGGGACUGUUCUCUACGUUCGACAAUUGAAGAACUGGUUUGUUGUUACGCAACAAGAUCUCGAUGCGGGUCUGAUUACGACGGUAGACUUCAAGCACAAUGGUCAGGUUGAUAUAGCUGUCCGUCGCAGAGCCUAUAACAUGAAUCCUGUUUAUCAGUACCUUUUCUGUGAUUCGAGAUGUGUGGAGCAAGUUGAUAACGAUGAUGUUGGGGGCCAAGAUUAUAUGAAUACUGAGUAUGUUGACCUGACGGAUGUUUGA